UCAUCAGACAGGCCAAAACUCCAUUCCACCAAACUGCUCUCACACUAAAAGGGUACCGUUUUUACAGUAUUAUUCCAAACUCAUAGUGUGGAAAUAUACAGUACCUGUCAGAAAUUUGGACACCUCAUUCUACAUUGUAGAAUAAUAGUGUAGACACCAAAACUAUGAAAUAACACAUGGAAUCAUGUAGUAACCACAAAAGUGUUAAAAAAAUCUAAAUAUAUUUUAUAUUUCAGAUUCUUCAAAAGUAGCCACCCUUUGCCUUGACAGCUUUGUACACAUGACAUUCUCGAAACCAGCUUGGGGCGGCAGGGUAGCCUAGUGGUUAGAGCGUUGGACUAGUAACCGAAAGGUUGCAAGUUCAAAUCCCAGAGCUGACAAGGUACAAAUCUGUCGUUCUACCCCUGAACAGGCAGUUAACCCACUGUUCCUAGGCCGUCAUUGAAAAUAAGAAUUUGUUCUUAACUGACUUGCCUAGUAAAAUAAGGUAAAAUUAAAAAUUCACCUGGAAUGCUUUUCCAACAGUCUUGGAAGUUACCACAUCUGCUGAGCACUUGUUGGCUGCUUUUCCUUCACUCUGCGGUCCAACUCAUCUCAAUUGGGUUGAGGUCGGGUGAUUUUGGAGAGCAGGUCAUCAGAUAAAGCACUCUCACUCCUUGAUCAAAUAGGCCUUAAGCAGCCUGAAGGUGUGUUAGGUCAUGGUCCUGUUGAAAAACAAAUGAUAGUCCCACUAACUGCAAACCAGAUGGGAUGGUGUAUCGCUGCAGAAUGCUGUGGUAGCCAUGCUGGUUAAGUGUGCAUUGAAUUCUAAACAAAUCAGUGUCACCAGAAAAGCACCAUCACACCACCUCCUUGCUUCACAGUGGGCACCACACAUGCAGAGAUCAUCCGUUCACCUACUCUGCAUCUGAAAGACACGGCGGUUGGAACCAAAAAUCUUGAAUUUGGAUUCAUCAGACCAAAGGACAGAUUUUCACCGGUCUAAUGUCCACUGCUCGUGUUUCUUGGCCCAAGCAACUCUUCUUGUUAUUGGUGUCCUUUAGUAGUGGUCUCUUUGCAGAAAUUCAACCAUGAAGGCCUGAUUCGUGCAGUCUCCUCUGAACAGUUGAUGUUGAGAUGUAUUACUUGAACUCUGAGAAGCAUUUAUUUGGGCUGCAAUCUGAGGUACAGUUAACUCUAAUGAAUUUAUCCUCUGCAGCAGAGGUAAGUCUGGAUCUUCCUUUCCUGUGGCGGUCCUCAUGAGAGCCAAAUUCAUCAUAGCGCUUGAUGGGUUUUGCGACUGCACUUGAAGAAACUUUAAAAGUUCUUGAAAUGUUCCGUAUUGACUGACCUUCAUUUAUUAAAGUAAUUGUGGACUGUUGAUGGACCCUAUCUGGUCUAAAAUGUAAAUUAAAUGUAUGACACAAGAAUAUAUUAUAUAUAACAAGCCUACAUCUGUUUGCAACAAUUUAAGGAGUAUCAUACAGGUACAGUAAACGUAUAGGGUAUUUUCCGCUUGUCCUAAAUCAGCUUUUUAGAGCGCACUUUAUUCUGUUGCUGGUUGAACACUCAAGGGCAUCUGACGCUUUUUAGCACGUGACUUAAAAUAAAUAUUGAAAAGCGGCAAGUGCAGUUUGAACAAGUGAAACUGUUUGUCUCGUAUACGCCCGGUCUCACUUGUACAUACCUUGGAUCUUGCUAUCUGAAAUAAAAUUCGAGGAGGACUUGUUUUGACGUUUUGUAUUUAAGUAAUCUAUCAAUGCAUUGUUAUCGCAUCUGUGAUGUCUGACAGCGAUAUUUCUGGCAGCUUUCUACACAGCAAGAAUCAAAACAUGUUAUUACUUGAAAUAUGUGAGCUGCAGAGCUCUGGUGAUGAUGGUGAUGAAGACAGGAGGCUAAAAAGAAGGGAAAAGAACAGGGUGGCAGCGAAGAACAGACGAAAAAAGAAGACACAAAGAGCAGAUGAGCUGCAUGAGGCAUAUGAGUGUCUGGAGCAGAAGAACAGACAGCUGAAGAAGGAUGUGCAGUUUCUGUCUGAGGAGCAGAGGCGUCUAACGGAGGCCCUCAAGGCCCAUGAGCCUCUCUGUCCCAUCAUGCACUGUGUUGCCAACCUGGGGUCAGGGACGUUGGGACCCAGGGAUGUAGGGGUCCCCUCCUGUCUGCCCAGAUAGCCAACAUACCAUGCACGGACCACAGAGACAAACCAACGUGGGAGACUUGUAAACAGAGUUAACAGGUCAGAUUAUAUGUCCUCAUCUGUCCUUUUUAUUCUCGGCGUCAAUUGUUUUUGUACAGUUUGAAUCAAGUUGUAAUUUAAUAAUUAUAGGCUUACGUAAUGAGCUUUGUUUCAGAUGUUCAAGUUGCUUUUCCUGUUUAAAUGUUUCGUAUAAUACAUUGAACAUAAAUUGCAUAUCCCUUUCCCAAUGAGACCAUUUCCCUUUGUUUCUGAUAAAUGUGGUUACCACACCUCUUAUCACGUGUGUUUUGGUUAACCAAACUGGUUUACCAGUACCUGGGCUUGACCAUGUGGGAACUUACUUAUACUUUACCAGAAAAAAAGAAACCAUUUAAAGGUUUUUGGUUUCUGGUUUCUUAGUCCCUAAUCUAAAACAUUUAAUACACUGGCUAUUACCAAUGGAUUCAUGCAAUUCAAUUGAUAAAAUAAAAUAAUCAAAUCACUUAAUCCAACUAUAAUAUGUACAGUUGUAUUAUUAUUGUUUGUUAGCUCAUGUUAUGACAUUGUUAUAGAGUGUACCCUCUCUUCUCUAUAAUGGGGGUAAAUACUCACUAAACUCAUUACAUCUUCGUCUCAUAACUUUAAAAAAUUAAAUACGUUUGAAGCAAGCCAUUAUCAUUCACUAACUCAAUAAAAGGGGGAACAUUUAGGGAAUUCUUGUCCCAAUCAAUGAUCUACAGCAUGUAUGGUCUAUCUUGAUGACAUGACUGCAGGCUUCUCUAAAAUGUUAUUAUGAAUGGAUGGAUACAUUCACAGUAGUAAUUGGCAAGGCUUCUCCUAAAUGCAGACUGACCACUGAGAAAUGUGAAAGACUCUUCAGCCACACAGACAGUUCAUUUCAUACCAAAGGAUUUAUAGACUUCUGCAUUCUGCAUUUGAGGGGGAUUGUGGUGAUUAUAAUAAAGCCUUUUGUGUGGAUCGCUUCUUCA